AUGGCCUCCUUUGAUCCGUCUGCUAAUUUUAACAUAAUUUGUGAAGACCUGGAUUUGGAAAAAUUGCUUCAGGAUUUAAAAGAAAACAACUUUGAAAUAGAGCCCAAACGUGAUGAGGAAAAUGAUGUUGAAGUCCCAGUCCUUAACGAGUAUUUAUCAGAAAUGUAUAUCAGUAUACGUAAAAGUGACGGAAGCAAUUACGAGCCUUCAUCGCUAGAGGCAAUGAAAAACAGCAUUGAGCGGCACUUGAAAGAUCAUGCAUAUCCUGUAUCUUUGCGAGGCAGACUUUUUCAUAAAUCUAACAAAGCUUUAGCAGCAAAGAAACAGCAACUGAAGUCCAUCGGGAAAGGUAGAAACAGGUACGCUAGCGAAGCUUUGACAGAGGAUGACGAAAAUGCCCUUCUAACAUCUGGGGAAAUAAGUUUUGAGAACCCCUCUUCCCUACAAUUUGGAGUGUUCUAUUAUUUCGGGAAAUACUUUGCAUUAAGAGGCCGAGAUGAACAAAGAAAGCUUAAAUUUGGUGAUGUUCAAGAAAAAAAAGACGGUUCUGGAAAUAACUAUCAAGAAUUUCAUGAAAGAAGUUCAAAAACAAUGGAUGGAACCGGGAAAAAAGACUACAGAAUGACCACCCCCAGAAUAUUUUCUCCCAAUUCCGGACCCCCUGAGAAGGACCCCAUUGCUCUCUAUCGCGAAUUUGUUAGACGUCGUCCUGAGGAAGCAAAAAGUGAGGAAAGUCCGAUGUAUCUUACACCCAUCCCAAUGAAAAGACUUCUAGACAGUUCACUAAUAUGGUAUUAUCCGAGACCCAUGGGAAAGAACACACUGGGAACUCUAGUUAAGAAUGCUGCAAUUAAAGCCGGUUUGGAGGGGAAAUUGACAAAUCACUCUCUCCGAAAAUCAACAGUAACAACGCUAUCUAAAGCGGGUGUCGCACCUCACAAAAUUCAGCAAAUUACCGGACACAAAAGUCUACAGUCCAUUGCUGUGUAUGAUUCCAAGUUAACAAUCCAAGAACAGAAACAAAUGUGUUCAAUCCUGUCCAAUGAAAAUGGGAAAUGUUCCAAAAAACGUGCAUGUGCCACAGCAUCUCGAUCCGAGGCUGAAAGCGAAACCGCCAUUGUGCCAAAUCCAGAAAUCCUUCGAGAAUCAUCCACUAAUUAUAUCACAAAUACACAAAAUGAACAAAGAAACACUUUAAAUGCUUCUGAUAACUUCAGUGAUAUGUUUCGUGGCGCAGUUAUUACUAAUCUCACGAUUAACUUUCACAAGUGA